CGUUUCCCUCUACGACGUCUUGACAUGUCUACAGAAAUACAUCUGCGUGGUCACCUGACCAACUUGGGGCUUGGAAUCAGAAGCCACACGCAUGUCAAAUGUUUAGGAAUGUGUGGACACCAUCGUCACGUGGUGCAGCUCCGAAUCAUAGACUGGACCUGAUAGAACUCUCGUCCCCAUUCGGGCAUCGGUGCUCGGACAGCAAGCACUAACUGCCGCUCCUGCUCAGAAACGCUGAAACGGCUCGGGUCGCCAUGGCGAUAACUCCUGCUUUGGUUGUAGCUUCAACCGAUUACAGGGGGAGCUUGUAGGGAGUUUCCUUUCUAUUCUGUCAAGCUCUGUGUCCUGGAUCCGCAGCAGUCUGCAUCAGCAAAGUGUCUUGGCAUCACUUCUCGUCCUUCCUCCGGAGUCAUGUGAAAGGGGUCCACAGUGGUUGCUCUCGCCUUAGACCGAACCCUCCUCCCAAGAGCCGCAGUGGCGUAGUGUUCCUGUCUCCGCUGCCACCUCCCCGGAUCGGUCCGGUCCGGUUUGUCAACCUGUGCCUCUUUGGCGUACGGCGGAGCCGAGGAUGAGCGAGCAAGGAAAGGGCUCGGCAUCCGCCUCCACCGCGGCCCCGGCUCCCGGUUCGGACACCUACAAAGGCUGGCUCUUUAAAUGGACUAACUAUCUGAAAGGGUACCAACGGCGAUGGUUCGUCCUUAGCAAUGGCUUACUUUCCUAUUACAGGACACAGGCAGAGAUGGCCCAUACAUGUCGAGGAACUAUAAACUUGGCCACAGCACACAUCGACACAGAGGAUGCCUGCAACAUUGUCCUGAGCAGCGGUGGGCGUACGUACCACCUGAAGGCAAGCACUGAAGUGGAGCGGCAGAGAUGGGUUACUGCGCUAGAGUUGGCUAAAGCUAAAGCUAUCCGCAUGAUGAAUGAUCAGUCUGAUGACUCAGGAGAUGAGGAGCCCACAUCGCAGUCGGACCGCAGCGAGAUCCAGGGUACCCUGAAGAUACUUGUCAGCAAGCUUGAUGACCUCAGCACUUGUAACGACCUCAUCGCCAAGCAUGGAGCCGCCCUGCAGCGUUCCCUCAGUGAACUGGAAGGACUGAAAGUCCCAUUGGAGGGAGGAGAAAAGAUCAAGGCAGUUAACGAGCGAGCCACCCUUUUCCGCAUCACUUCCAAUGCUAUGAUCAAUGCGUGUCGGGACUUUUUGGAUCUAGCUGAGACUCACAGCAGGAGAUUGCAGCGGGCACUUCAGUAUGAGCGAGAGCAGCGUACCCACCUAGAGGAGACGAUCGAGCAGCUUGCAAAGCAGCACAACAGCCUCGAGCGAGCGUGGAGAGAAGCACCCACGCAUGCUUCCAGCACACCCAGUGCCCCAACCACCAGUCAGGGGAGUGAAAGGGUGAACAAAGAAGACGCAAGUGAUGAAGAUGAGGAUACUGAGUACUUUGAUGCCAUGGAGGACUCCCCUGCGUUCAUAACAGUGACUGCCAGUGAAAGCACGCAGCACAGGCGAUCUCAGAGUAAUUUAAGUGGAGCGAGCGGAUGCCAGGCCAGUGAUUGGAACCAGGACGACCAUAUGUCUCCAAGCUGUAAUGAUGUGUCAGGAAAGGGGCUACUGCCACGCAGGCAGAGGCGGACUUAUAUCCCAGACAAGCCCAAUUAUUCCCUAAAUUUAUGGAGCAUCAUGAAGAACUGCAUUGGCAAGGAGCUCUCUAAAAUCCCUAUGCCAGUAAACUUUAAUGAGCCUCUGUCGAUGCUGCAACGUCUCACCGAGGACCUGGAGUAUCACGAGCUUCUAGACAAGGCAGCACGCUGUGAGUCUUCCCUCGAGCAGAUGUGCCUAGUUGCUGCCUUUUCCGUUUCCUCCUACUCCACCACAGUCCACCGGACAGCCAAGCCCUUUAACCCCCUCCUGGGAGAGACCUAUGAGCUUGACCGCCUGGAGGAAUUUGGCUACCGCUCAUUGUGUGAGCAGGUGAGCCACCACCCGCCUGCAGCUGCACAUCAUGUGAUUUCCCAAAGAGGCUGGACCUUGUGGCAGGAAAUCACCAUUGCCAGCAAGUUCCGCGGCAAAUACCUCUCCAUUAUGCCUCUGGGUGCCAUUCACCUGCAGUUUCACUCCAGUGGGAACCACUAUGUGUGGCGAAAGGUCACGUCCACAGUGCACAACAUCAUUGUGGGCAAACUGUGGAUUGACCAGUCGGGAGACAUUGAGAUCGUCAAUAACAGGACGAAGGAGACCUGCCAGCUUAAGUUUUCACCUUACAGCUAUUUCUCCAGGGAUGUUCCACGAAAGGUUACAGGUGUGGUAGCAGACAGUGGAGGCCAGGCUCAUUACAUCCUCUCUGGAACAUGGGAUGACAAAAUGGAAAGUGCUAAGAUAAUUCAAAGCAGUCGAGGGGGCAGCGGAUCAGAAGGAAAGCAGAAGACAGUCUAUCAGACUUUAUCCCCCAAACUGCUGUGGAAGAAAUACCCUCUACCGGAAAAUGCUGAGAACAUGUACCACUUCUCAGCUCUGGCUCUGACCCUGAAUGAGCCAGAAGACGGGGUGGCACUGACUGACAGCCGGCUGAGACCAGACCAGAGGCUGAUGGAGGAAGGCCGGUGGGACGAGGCAAACUCAGAAAAACAGAGGCUAGAAGAGAAACAAAGAGCUGCCAGAAGACGGAGGGAUGCAGAGGCCACAGAUGCACUGGAUGAAGGUAGAGACUAUGAAGGCUACCAGUCGCUGUGGUUUCACCAGAGAAGAGACCCCGUCACUGGAGAGACAAACUUUGUGUACAAGGGAGGUUACUGGGAAUCUAAGGAGAGAGAGGACUGGAGCAUGUGCCCUGACAUCUUUUAGCUCAGGAACUCGUCUCGGAUGAAACCGACUUCACCGGACAGGGAGGCACCCAGCCUCUGGGCUGUGGGUAGUGGGGCAUAGCUGGCUUAUGAGCACCACAAGGACCUUCCGGUGUGAGAAAGUGUCUGUUUUACACGAUCUCUGAAUACACAUUACCUCCAAAAAGUAUUUUUGUUUAUUUUUAUCUUGGAGAAAACACAGAGCGUUCCCUCAGCAGUCCUCUCUGCACAGUGCUGAAAUUCUGCUGCUCCACAAAUAAACCUCACAAUGCACUUUUCCAGAAUUUACUCCACUACCAAUGAACAGCUCGACAGAAGUUCAUAUGGAUGCAGAUUCUUAGUUGUCUGAAGAAAUCAUUAAGAGCCACACAGAAACACAUCAGUGCUGAAUACACUUAUCAGUUUUACCAUUCACACAUUAUUUAGUAAAAUGUAUAAUCUAAACUAUAAAUCCUACACUAAUUCCAUUUUUAGAUCAAAAUGAUUGCAAUUAAGUUGAUUAACCAGAAAUGGUGUGAAAAUAAUGGUUCAAUUGAUUUUAUGUGGAGCACCAAAUAGCAGAUCAGAAAGCUCAAGUGCAAGUAUAGGAAAGAGUGAGUAAGGAAAAACAGAAUUUUGAAGUCAACAUUUUUAAAAUUUAAAAGCCAGGCUGCCAAAAAACUCUAAUACUAUAUGUUAAAUAAAUAAGACAAAAUUAGGUAAAAGCAGUGAGUCAGAUUUUGUACUUUAAAAAAAAUAGAAAAUAAUUUUAUUUUCAUUGUUUUGCAUUGUCAACACAAAGUUAAAUGAUCAGACAUAUAAUCUUUAAUUUUUACAAAGAAGGCUGAUUUAUUUAAUUUAACAUAUUAUUAGGAGUGAAAGUUGGUGUUUCCCUCAACGCAAGCCUGUAGAUGUGCAGUUGUUGUGUUUAAGAGACACUUUAUGUAGUCAGUGAAAAAGGACCUUUAAGGGAUUCUUUAUAUACAUAUUUUAAAUAAAAGUUGCCUCUUUGAUCUAUCUCAGUCAUCCAAAGAUCUUUCAAAUUUUUGUGAGCGUGCUUAGCUAAACUAUACAGUAGUAGUUAAAGCCUUUAGCUUGCACACAACAUGUUUUGCAUUAGUGUAACAUCAAAACAUUUAUUUCACAUUUACUGAGCUCUUCAUUCAGACCUUUGAAAGCUCUUUUCGCUGUGACUGAUUGGAACAGUGUUUCUCAGUCCGUGAAUCAAGAACCGUGGGAGGGUGCAAGAUAAUUUCUGAUCGAUAAAAUUCUAACAAUAGAUCAAAUGUUUAUACAUUUUAGACUCAGAAGAGUUUAUACAUCACCUUUACCCAUGUUAUGUCUCUAAAUGGGCUUUGGUCAUUUCACCUCUUCGCCAAUUCUUAUAUAGUUUUUGUAGAUUUGUUUUUUCUGCCGCAGGACAUUUUUGUAAUUACCAUAUGUCAGUUUCUACUCACCUGGGGAUAUUUGAUACCUGUUUUGACAACUGAUGAUUUAAAAUCAUCAGUGGAUGAAGACCUUGGGUAUAAACAAGUAUUUGUUUACAGAUAUGAAGGAAUGUAAUAACAAGACAGAGGUAUGACAUGAAUUGGCGAAGUUGUGAAUUAACCUGGAGCCCUUCAAAGAGAUAAAAUCUUUUCAGAUUUGAAUAGCAGCUGCACUCAAGAUUUUCUUUGAACUUAAACGUAUAACAAAACAGCUUUAUUUUUCCACUUUUUUUCUUUGACUUUAAUGCAAUCAUAUUCACUUGUGCCAACUAUCACAAGCAUCUACCUGUCCUUACAGUCAUAACUCAAAAGGGUUGAGAAUCACUGGGUGGAUGCCUAAACAUCUCUCAUCUGUGCAUGUUCUUUACCUUGUUUCUGGUGUUCAGACACAGAGGCACCCUAUGUAAUCCUUGGUGAUUGUACAUGUUGAAAACGUCUGCACCUUAACAAUAAUGCAUUCAUUCAUUACCACACAGUGCAACCUGCAACAUGAUGGCGUUUCUUACUCGACUCCCACCACCUCUUCUAGCACCAGUGGCUCUGAUAAUACCAUAGGGAUUUUUGUAUCUGGGACUGGAGUGGGCUGUGUGAGGAGCUCCAGGCAAGUAAUGGUGGUUACAGAAACAGACAGGGCUGGUUCCUGUUGCACUCCACUGUGCAGUCAGCUGCAACCACAGAGGACUGCCUCAGCUGCUGCUGUUUCGACACCAAAUCACAACUCCUUAACUUUUCGCCGACAUGCUGAUCCGGGAUCGGCACACAAAGAUACACAGACUUUUUUGCCUUUAACUGACAGAAUAAGGGAACGAGUCCCCAGACCUGUUCACUACGAGUCUACGGUGACAAGAGUUAUAAAAAUCGAGUUAGUAUUUAUUUGUAAUUAUUGUUAGGAAUGUAGAAAUCAUGGCUGGAGGUAAUUGUUCCCACCAUCUAGUCAAUUUGUGCGAAUAUUUUGUGAUAACAUAAUGAUAUUGUAAAAUGAUUAAUAGUUCUACCAAACUAAGUGUGAGGUAUCUGUACAGAAAUGACUGAAACAGCCUGAAGGAUUUACUGUCACUUUUAUCUUCUAACCCAGACUGAGCUAACCCUGAGGCACCUGUGAUUUGGCCAGAAAACUGUCCUAACACAAUAAAAUGUGUUUUGAUAAAGUC